UGGAGAUUGUAAACAGAUUUGUGAAGUUUGAGAAGUUCAUUAGCAGCGGCAAAGUUGCAAACUGCAGUCAUUUAAAGCUGACUGUCAGGAAAAUGGACUCAAAACCAGCUAGUGAAAAUCUUCUUCCAGGGUUCGGCAGUUUCCUGCCACACCCUCCUGAUAACCCUAGGCCUGAAGAACACGGGGCAAAUCCACUGCAGUCCCACAGGAGUAAACAGUCCCCUAGGAGGACAUCAGCAUCUACACCACAUUGUUGUACACAGGGCUCAGGGACCCAGCAGAGUUUGCUGUGGCAGGUCGGCUCUGACACAAACCAAAAAGAGAUUUUGGACCCUGCUGACCUGUUCAGUAUCAUUCAGAAGGACAGACAUGGACCAACCACUCAGACCCGGCAGCAGACGGACUUUCCCUCAGGAGCCUACAUGCCUAAAGUACAGAUGCCCUACAUUUGCUCCCGCGGGCGGUGGCCUCGCAAGCUCGAGAUCGAGAAGCAGAGACGCGAGUAUCUACUGUUAGACAUCGCCCAGCUUCUGGCUGACCUCGGCAUUGAUUCCAGUCAGCUGGUACCACGAACCACGAGCAGUGAGGAUCAACCAGAGAGCCCACCUGCUGAUAACUACCUGCCCCUGGAGAUAUUUGAUAAUGAGGAGUUUGACUGCUACACACCUGAGGACUGGCUUGCUCUUGGCUGUGAACCUGGCUCUAGUGACCAAAAACCUGUUCCUGCUAUAGCUUUUCUACUGACUGAGGAUGGUGGAGAGGAACAGAGGGACAGCACUCCAGAAUAUGCAUGGCAGUCUGUCGGGGUUCUAGAUUACAGCCCAGAGAAGAAGCAGUACAUGGUCCAGAAAGCUGAUCAGCAUGACUGUGUGAGAAACAGCGAGGGCAAACCUGUAGUGGGUGGAGCACAAAGAAACAAAGGUCCUCUCAAGUCGAAUCAGUACUGGGUUCCACGUAUCCGGUUGCAGUUCUGCGCCGAGGACCCGCGUAUCUUUGCUCAGAGAGUCCAGUUCGCCUGCAGAGCCAGACAGAAAACCGAGGCUCUGCUGCUCUACCAUCUUUCUGUAGACUGCAUGCCAGUCCUUGAUGGUAGCCUCACUCUGCAAUCCUCCAUCCUCCAGCACAUCAAAUCCUUCACCCUCAGCACGCCAGGACUCCGAUUACCUCUUCUGCAGACCCACAUGGAGUGUCUAGAGAAAGAGGUUCACCUGGAGUAUACUCGCACCAUUAACCGGAUGACCUUCAAUAAGCUUGUGCAGGCCAACCCCGAAGAGUUCACCGACAUUACACUGCCUGAGGAAGAGCCAGAUAGAGUAGCCAACAAAGGUUCUGUGUCUGUACCCGAAUACCCAUUUGAGAUGAACCGUGACAAGUUCACCUUUAGAUCCCUGCUCACUAAGCCAGAAGUGAUCUCUGCUUUGACUUACAUUAGAGUUGAGUGUAACAGGGUGGAAGCCAUGAGCCUCUUUCAUGUCGCCUUUAGCAAGCCUCUACGCCUGGAAGAGUUUGAGCUGACACAGUCACAGCUGCACACCCAGCUGCAGCUUUUCCUGCACGAGACCUGGGUCUCCGAUCUGUGUCACGGGAUCGACUCCAGCCUUCGUGAUGCCGGGCCUGGCUGGUACAACCUAAACGAGUCAUGCUGGCAGAUGUACUGCAUGUCUAAAAUGUGUCACUUGAUGACGCAGAUACGCUACAGGCUGCAGGACUGCUUGCGAUUCUUGGUGCAGGACUCGCUCAGCAGUCUGGCUCAAGUGCUCUUGGACGCCUGCCACAGUGUGCUGAACUGCCCCGAAGACCUCACCUGGGGUGCUGACCUCAUCCACAGUCCCUACAAACCAAAGAAGAACCCUUUGUUCCAUGUGGACCUGAUCCUUGACCAGACCGGGGUCCAUUACAGCACCCCACUAGAAAACUUUGAGACAUCCAUCAUCAGUUUAUUAGACAAAGGCAUCCUCUGCACUCAUAAGCUUCCUCAGCUAGACAAGUUCAUCAUGAAGAACUUGUUUAUCACUGGUGUUCCACUGUUGGAGUCAGUGUGUCUGUGGGAGCCAGCAGUAAAUGAGCUGAGAGAAAGAGUGAGAAAUGCCCUGCGCCAGGCCGUCGUUCCUCUCCAAGCCUACGCCCGUGAAUACGAAUGUCACCUCGAGCUUCAAAACUCCGACAUCAACACCUUUCUAACACUUCACAGUCAGGAGAACUGCACUCCUCUGGAGAUGAAGGAAGAGGUCCUGAGGCAUCUUAAGGAGAAAGAGAUUUUGGAACGGUCCCUCCCGUCCACCAUCGUGAUUGGGCCCUUCAUGGUUUACGUACAGGGCGUGAGAAAGAGCCUCUCUAAGAAACGUUGCGCUUUAGCCAACGCCGUUAUCGGGCGCUUUGCUCUCAGGCUUCGCAACCUACUGGAGGAGGCGUGUGAAGAGUGUAAGAAGAUCACCAGGAAGCUGGAUGAGAAGCCAAGCAACAUUGAGGAGCUGGUAGAGCAGAGAGACUGGAUAAAGCAGAUCCCAGAUCAGUUAAAAUCCUAUGAGCAAGUCCUGUCCAAACUCUUGACUGACUAUGAGGUGAUAGAUGAGUUCUUCUACAAUCUCCCCGAUGAGGAUUUUAACGGAAAAUGGACAGCAAUGGCCUGGCCACACAAGAUCCUCAGUCAGAUUGAAACUGUGCAGCAACAGCAUAAAGAGGAUGAGGAGCGCUUCCAAAAGAUCCAGCUUGUUGACCAGAGCAAUUUCCAGGAGCACCUGGACUCUCUAGAGGUGAUGGUCGCAGGCUUUUCUACCUCAUUAGACAUCAGCCAGGCCCAUGAAUUGGCAAAUGAGGUGCGUCGGGUUUCAAAGCAGCUGAAGGAGUGUCAGUCCAUGGCUCAGGUUUACAACAACCGUGAACGUCUAUUUGGCCUCCCCCUCACUAACUAUGACAGGUUGCAAAAGCUCAGUCGAGACUUCCAGCCUUUCCGGGACCUCUGGACAACUACGUCUGACUGGCAGCGUUGGCAUGAGAGCUGGCUAAAUGAUCCGCUGACAAAUAUCGACCCAGAACAGCUGGAGCGCAAUGUCAGCGAUUCCUUUAAAACUAUUCACAAGUGUGUCAAAAUGUUCAAAGACAUACCAUCCUGUCAGGAUGUCGCUUCCUUUGUCCGUGGCAUGAUUGAGCAGUUCCAACCUAACAUCCCCUUGAUCCAGGGCAUGAGGAACCCAGGCAUGCGCAGUCGCCACUGGACCGUGCUGUCCGAACGACUCAACAUGGACGUGAUGCCCAAACCGAACCUAACAUUCUCCAAAUGCCUGGAGCUCGGAUUGUUUCAGCAUGUAGAAGAGAUUUCACAAAUUGCAGAGGUGGCUGGCAAAGAAUACGCCAUAGAACAGGCUCUGGAUAAGAUGAUGAGUGAGUGGUCAUCGAUUACGUUUGAGAUCUUGCCGUAUAAGGAAACGGGCACCUAUAUCAUGAAGAGUCCUGACGAGGCAUCCCAGCUACUGGACGACCACAUCGUGAUGACCCAGAGCAUGUCCUUCUCGCCCUACAAGAAGACGUUUGAGGAGCGCAUCAGCACUUGGGAGAGUAAGCUGAGGAUGACUCAGGAUGUGCUGGAGGAGUGGCUGACCUGCCAGCGUUCCUGGCUCUACCUGGAGCCCAUCUUUAGCUCCGAAGACAUCAACAGACAGCUGCCCGUUGAGGCAAAGAGAUACCAGACCAUGGAGCGCACCUGGAGGAAAGUGAUGGAGACUGCGCACAAUAACCGACAAGUAAUUAAGGUUUGCCCGGAGCAGACUUUGCUGAAUAAUCUGAGAAACUGCAACACGUUGCUGGAGCAGGUGCAGAAAGGGCUGAGUGAAUAUCUGGAGACCAAACGAGGAUCUUUUCCCAGAUUCUACUUCUUGUCUGACGACGAGCUGUUGGAGAUUCUUUCUCAGACCAAAGACCCGACAGCAGUGCAGCCCCAUCUACGCAAAUGCUUCGAGAACGUUGCACGGCUUCAGUUCCAACCCGACCUGCAAAUCACACACAUGUACUCCGGAGAGGGCGAGGAAGUCCAGCUGUUUCUGCCUGUGUGGCCUACUGGGAAUGUGGAGGACUGGCUAUGCGAGGUGGAGAAGUCCAUGAAGCUGAGUCUGCGUGAUAACAUUGAGCGUUCCCUCAAGGUUUAUCCAGAGGAACCCCGAACUAAGUGGGUGCUGUCGUGGCCAGGGCAGGUGGUGAUUGCUGGAUGUCAGACUUUCUGGACUGCAGAAGUUUCAGAGUCUCUGGAGAAGGGUGACCUUGCCAGCCGCUUGUAUCCUCAGCUUCAAACACAGCUGGGAGACUUGGUGCAGCUCGUGAGAGGCCGACUGUCUAGAAUGCAGAGGGCUAUUCUCUCGGCUCUCAUCGUGAUCGAGGUACACGCUAAAGAGGUGGCUGCCAAACUGGUGGACGAAGCAGUGGCCAACGUCAAUGACUUUGAGUGGAUCAGUCAACUCAGAUAUUACUGGUUGAAAGAUGACCUCUACAUCAGGGCAGUCAAUGCAGAAUUCCUUUACGGUUAUGAGUAUCUCGGUAACUCUGGGCGACUUGUCAUAACACCUCUGACUGACAGGUGUUACCUUACCCUGACUGGUGCUCUGCACCUGAAGUUCGGAGGUGCUCCAGCGGGUCCAGCUGGCACGGGUAAAACCGAAACCACUAAAGACCUUGGUAAAGCCCUGGCCAUCCAGACUGUUGUCUUCAACUGUUCCGAUCAGCUAGACUUCCUCGCUAUGGGAAAGUUUCUCAAGGGUCUGGCCAGCUCUGGAGCCUGGGCGUGCUUCGAUGAAUUCAAUCGAAUCGAUGUAGAGGUGCUUUCGGUGGUGGCUCAACAGAUUACCACCAUCCAGAAGGCCCAGCAGCAGAGAGCGGAGACAUUUGUGUUUGAAGGAACAGAAAUCCCAUUGGUCCCCUCCUGUGCUGUCUUUAUUACAAUGAACCCAGGCUAUGCCGGCCGAACUGAACUGCCUGACAACUUAAAGGCUCUGUUUCGUCCCGUUGCCAUGAUGGUCCCAGACUACGCCAUGAUUGCUGAGAUCUCUCUGUACUCCUUUGGAUUUAGUGAUGCAAAAGUUCUCUCCAAAAAGAUCACCAGCACCUUCAAGCUAUCCUCUGAACAACUCAGUUCUCAGGAUCACUAUGACUUUGGUAUGAGAGCGGUGAAAACCGUGAUCUCUGCUGCAGGAAACCUGAAACGAGAGAACCCCGAAAUGGAUGAGGAGCUGAUCUGCCUGCGUGCUAUCAGAGACGUCAACGUACCGAAGUUCCUACAGGACGACCUCAAGCUGUUCAACGGCAUUGUUUCUGAUCUCUUCCCAAAGAUCCGAGAGGAGCCCAUCAACUACGGGACGCUGGAGGACUCGAUACGUAACGUCUGCAGGAACAAGUGCCUGAAAGACGUGGAUGGUUACAUUACAAAGAUUAUUCAGCUGUAUGAGACCACCGUGGUGAGACAUGGCUUGAUGCUGGUUGGACCGUGCGGCUCGGGCAAAACUAAGUGCUACGAGGUUCUGGGGGCAGCAAUGACGGCUCUGCAGGGUCAGCCGUCGGUCAGUGGUGGAGUGUACCAGCCUGUUCAGACGUAUGUCCUCAACCCAAAGUCCAUCACCAUGGGGCAGCUGUAUGGAGAGUUCGACCUGCUUACGCACGAGUGGACGGAUGGCAUCCUGUCUUCGCUGAUCCGCACCGGAGCUGUUGCGAUGGAUGAGGAGAAGAAGUGGUACAUGUUUGACGGGCCGGUGGAUGCUGUUUGGAUCGAGAACAUGAACACCGUGCUCGACGACAAUAAGAAGCUGUGUUUAAGCUCGGGGGAGAUUAUUAAACUUACAGAUGUGAUGACUCUGAUGUUUGAGGUGCAGGACCUGGCCGUGGCAUCCCCCGCCACAGUGUCCCGCUGCGGGAUGGUGUAUUUAGAACCCAGUAUCCUGGGACUGUCGCCAUUCACCGAAUGCUGGUUACGAAACAUCCCUAAGCCUCUACAAAAACAUGCCCAGCAGCUCGACUCUCUCUUCACACAAUUCCUGCAGGAUUCUAUCACGUUUGUGAGGAAGUCAGUGACUGAAGUGAUUAGUUCGAUGGACAGCAACCUGACUUGCUCUUUACUCAAACUGCUGGACUGCUUCUUCCAACCAUUCGACCCACGAGAGGGAAAGAGGCUUCCUCCUCAGGUGGGCCGUGUCGGUGAGCUGAUUGAGCCGUGGUUUAUUUUUUCUCUGGUAUGGAGCGUGGGCGCCACAGGAGAUGCUGAUAGCUGCCAACGCUUCAGCGCCUGGCUAAGAGACAAGAUGACACAGGAAAAAAUUCAGUUGUGCUUCCCAGACGAAGGACUGGUGUAUGAUUAUCGACUGGACGACGCAGGCAUCAGUCUUUUGGAGGAAGAUGAUGAAGAUGCCAAAAGAAGGGAGGUGCAAUGGGUCAACUGGAUGGAGUACGCCAGCAAUGUUGUCAUCACCCCAGAAACGAGCUACGCGGACAUCAUCGUGCCCACCCCAGACACAGUGCGCAUGUCCUUCUUGUUAGACAUGCUUCUGUCCAAUAAGAAGCCAGUGCUGUGUGUCGGUCCGACUGGCACGGGCAAAACCCUGACCGUGUCUGAUAAGCUGCUGAAGAACAUGCCGUCUGAAUACAUCACACAUUUUCUCAUGUUCUCUGCCCGCACCUCCGCCAACCAGACACAGGACUACAUCGACAGCAAACUAGACAAGAGGAGGAAAGGUGUUUUCGGUCCGCCGCUGGGAAAAUACUUCAUCUUCUUUAUAGAUGACCUUAACAUGCCCAUGCUGGAGACGUACGGUGCCCAGCCGCCCAUCGAGCUCCUGCGCCAGUGGAUGGACCAUGGGGGCUGGUAUGACCGAAAGCAGAUAGGAACAUUCAAGCAGUUGGUAGACAUCAAUUUUGCAUGUGCCAUGGGUCCUCCUGGUGGAGGCAGGAACCCGAUCACCCAACGCUUUACACGCCACUUCAACUACCUCUCGUUCACUGAGAUGGAGGACUCCAGCAAGAAAAAGAUCUUCACCACUAUCCUGGGCAGCUGGAUGGAAAAAAUUCCCGAGCUAAUGGAGCUGAAUGAGAACCUAGUGGAUGCCACUAUUAAAGUGUACGCCACCAUCACUUCUGGGCUUCUGCCCACUCCAGCCAAAUCACACUACACAUUCAACCUUCGUGACCUGUCCAAGGUCUUCCAGGGGUUGCUCAUGGCUGAAGCUGGAAAGAUCCAGGACAAGGUCCAGCUUCUCCGGUUGUGGUACCACGAGAGCUGCCGGGUGUUCCAGGACAGACUUGUGAAUCAGGAGGAUAGGGACUGGUUUGAUAAGCUACUCCAGGAGUGCAUCGAGGAGUUCGACUGCAACUUUCAGGAGGUGGUACCCUGCCAACCGGUCCUCUUUGGUGACUUUAUAGACCCUGGUAGUGAUACCAAAGUGUAUCAGCUCAUCGAGGACAUAGAGAAGCUUUCUAGAGUAAUGGAGGAAUACAUGGAUGACUAUAACCAGAUCAGCACCACUAAGAUGAAGCUAGUUCUCUUUAUGGACGCCAUCCAGCACGUCUGCCGUAUAUCCCGCAUUCUGCGCCAGCCGCUGGGAAAUGCUCUUCUGCUAGGAGUCGGUGGCAGCGGGCGCCAGUCCCUCACCAAACUCGCCUCGCACAUAUCAGACUACGAGUGCUUCCAGAUCGAGCUAUCAAAGAACUACGGAGUGCCGGAGUGGAGGGAGGAUAUUAAGAAUAUCAUGAUGAAGGCCGGUCUCAACGACGUUCAGAUCACCUUCCUCUUUGUUGACACCCAGAUCAAAAGCGAGACGUUCCUGGAGGACGUUAAUAACAUCCUGAACUCGGGCGAUGUGCCAAACCUGUACAGUGGAGACGAACAGGAGAGGAUCAUGAUAGCCAUGAAGCCCGUGGUGCAAGAACUCGGCAUGCAACCAACCAAGGCCAACCUCAUGGCCGCCUACGUCAGGAGAGUCCGCAGCAACAUCCACACCGUGCUGUGCAUGAGUCCGAUAGGUGAAGUAUUUCGUGCCAGACUCAGGCAGUUCCCCUCUCUGGUCACAUGCUGUACUAUUGACUGGUUCAGCGCCUGGCCAGAGGAGGCCUUGCAGUCUGUUGCAGCUUCCUUUCUUAAUGAUUUACCUGAACUGGAGGCCAGUCCUGCUGCCAUGUGUGGCAUGACUGCGAUGUGUGUAGAGAUCCACGAGAUGGUGGCUCGGAAGUGCGAACAGUACCGUGCCGAACUCUCCCGCCAUAACUACGUCACACCCAAGAGCUAUCUGGAGUUGCUCAGUAUCUUCUCAGCCCUGAUUGGCUGUAAGAAGCAGGAACUGCAUUCGGCUCGCCAGAGGAUGAAAGUGGGACUGGACAAGCUCUUAAGCACAGCUGAGGAUGUAAGUAAGAUGCAGGAGGAACUGGAAACAAUGAGGCCUCAACUGGAAGAAGCAGCCAAAGACACCGUCAUCACCAUGGAAAAAAUCAAGCAAGACACACUGGUUGCAGAGGAGACCCGUGUGGCAGUACAGGCCGAGGAAGCGAAUGCAUCUGAGAAGGAAAAGGUAGCCAGUGCAUAUGCUGCAGAUGCCCAGCAAAACCUUGAUAAAGCUCUGCCUGCGCUGGAUGACGCUUUAGCCAGCCUCAAAUCUCUCAACAAGAACGAUAUCACUGAGGUGAGGGCGAUGCAAAGACCCCCCCAAGGUGUGAAGCUGGUCAUCGAGGCAGUCUGCAUCCUGAAGGGCAUUAAACCCAAAAAAGUAGCUGGAGAAAAGCCAGGGAGCAAAGUGGAUGAUUACUGGGAACCUGGGAAAGGAAUGAUGCAGGAUCCUGGGAAAUUCUUAGACAGUCUGCUGAAGUUUGACAGGGACAACAUUCCAGAUCCUGUGAUCAAGUUGCUGCAGCCGUACAUAGACAACGAGGAGUUUCAUCCAGCUGCCAUAGCUAAAGUCUCCAGGGCCUGUACAUCCAUGUGUCUGUGGGUGCGCGCUAUGCAUGAGUACCAUUUUGUGGCCAAAUCCGUGGAACCCAUACGGAAAGCCCUAGCUGGGGCCCAGGAGGACCUGGAGGUAACUCAGAAUAUUCUGAAGGAGGCCAAAGGAAAGCUCGAGGCGGUCGAGGAGGGUAUUGCAGCACUGCAGGCCAAGUAUCAAGAGUGUCUAGCCAAGCGUGACGAGCUUGAGAGCAAGUGCCAGCUGUGUGAAAACAGACUGAUUCGUGCAGACAAGCUGAUUACUGGGCUUGCCGAUGAGAAGGUGCGCUGGAAGGAAACAGUGCUGCAUUUGGAGUACCUGGUGAAUAAUGUAGCUGGUGAUGUGCUGCUGUCUGCAGGAUACGUCGCCUACCUCGGACCUUUUACAGGGGAGUAUCGGUCGUCCAUGUUUGAGGAGUGGCUGCGUGGUUGUAAGGAUCGGCAGGUCCCUCACACAGCCGAGCCCAGCCUCAUCAACACACUCGGAGACAGAGUCAAAAUCCGUUCCUGGCAGAUUGCCGGUUUGCCAAAAGACAACCUCUCUGUGGAAAAUGGAGUGAUCACUCAGUACUCUCAGCGCUGGUCUCUGUUCAUCGAUCCUCAGGGUCAGGCCAAUAAAUGGAUCAAGACCAUGGAACGUGAUAAUGGACUGGAUGUGAUGAAGCUGAGCGACCGCGACUUCCUGCGCAGUUUGGAAAACGCCAUUCGGUUCGGGAAGCCGUGUCUGCUGGAGAAUGUGGGAGAGGAGCUGGACCCGGCGCUGGACCCUGUUCUAAUGCGACAGACCUUUAAGCAGCAGGGCAGUACAGUACUGAAGUUAGGUGACAACGUCAUUCCCUACCACAACGACUUCAAGAUGUACAUCACUACUAAGCUUCCUAAUCCACACUAUUCCCCUGAGAUCUCCACCAAAGUCACUCUAAUCAACUUCACCCUCUCUCCAAGCGGCUUGCAGGACCAGUUGCUGGGCCGUGUGGUGGCUGAGGAGAGACCCGAUCUGGAGGACGCCAAGAACCAGUUGAUUGUAAGCAACGCACUUAUGAAGCAGGAACUGAAGGAGAUCGAGGACCAGAUCCUGCUCAGGCUCAGCUCAUCAGAGGGUAACCCUGUCGAUGAUGAGGAGCUCAUACGAGUUCUGGGAGCCUCCAAGAUCAAAGCUGGGGAGAUACAGGCCAAAGUGAUGGUGGCGGAGGAAACUGAGCGAGACAUCGACGCCACACGCCAGGAGUACGUCCCUGUGGCUGUGCGCACCCAAAUCCUCUUCUUCUGUGUGUCGGACUUGUCCAAUGUGGACCCCAUGUAUCAGUAUUCUCUUGAGUGGUUCCUAGGUAUCUUCAUGGCAGGCAUCGCUAACUCGGAACGUGCAGACAUCCUGGAGCAGCGCAUCAUCAACAUUAACGAGUACUUCACCUUCAGCCUCUUCAGCAACGUGUGCCGCAGCCUGUUCGAGAAGCACAAGCUCAUGUUCGCCUUCCUGCUGUGCGUUCGCAUCAUGAUGAACAAAAAUCUGAUUGAUAUGGCUGAGUGGAAGUUCAUGUUGUCAGGAGGUACAAGCCUUCAACAGGAGCCAAACCCAGCGCCCACGUGGUUAUCAGAGAGGGCAUGGCAGGACAUCAUGGCCCUCAGUUCUCUGCCCAACUUUACAGGCCUGGCACAGACCUUCUCCAGAGAUGAAGCUGAAUACAGGAGGAUCUUUGAUAGCAGCCAGCCACACCGAGAGCCUCUUCCGGCCGAGUGGGAGAACAAGCUGGACAGUUUUCAGCGGAUGUUAGUGCUGCGCUGUCUGCGUGUCGAUUGCCUCACACACAGCCUGCAGGACUUCGUGUCAGCACAGCUUGGGCAGCGCUUCAUCGAGCCUCAGACGUCUGACCUGUCUGCGGUAUUUAAUGAGUCAUCUGUGUCCACUCCGCUUAUCUUUGUGCUAUCACCUGGCACCGAUCCUGCAGCCGACCUCUACAAGUUUGCCGACGUCAUGAAGUUCUCCAAGAAAAUGAGUGCCAUCUCACUAGGCCAGGGGCAGGGUCCCUGGGCUGAAUCGAUGAUGCAGUGUGCGAUGGAAAAGGGGCAGUGGGUAUUUUUCCAGAACUGCCACCUGGCACCCAGCUGGAUGCCCACUCUGGAGAGACUCAUUGAGAACAUCAACCCUGACAAGGUCCAUCAUGACUUUCGUCUGUGGCUUACGAGUUUGCCCAGCAACCAAUUUCCGGUCUCCAUCCUUCAAAACAGCUCAAAGAUGACCAUUGAACCUCCACGAGGCAUCAAGGCCAACCUACUGAAGACCUACCUGAGCCUGAGUGAUGACUUUCUCAACUCCUGCUCCAAGGCUGCAGACUUCAGGUGUCUGUUGUUGUCUCUUUGUCUGUUUCACGGAAACGCUAUCGAGCGCAGGAAAUUCGGUCCGCUGGGUUUCAACAUUCCGUAUGAAUUUACCGACGGAGACCUUCGCAUCUGCAUCAGCCAACUCAAAAUGUUCCUUGAUGAAUACCAGGACAUUCCUUACAAGGUUCUGAAGUACACAGCCGGUGAGAUCAACUAUGGGGGUCGUGUGACCGAUGACUGGGAUCGCCGCUGCAUCAUGAAUGUGUUGGAGGACUUCUACUGUCCCGCCGUGCUGAACCCUGGGCACGUCUACUCGCCCUCAGGAGAAUACCGCCAGAUCGGCACAGACCUCAACGUCAAGGGCUACCUGUCAUACAUCCGCGGCCUGCCAAUCAAUGACACGCCAGAGAUCUUCGGCCUGCAUGACAACGGCAACAUCAGUUUUGCCCAGAAUGAGACUUUUGCCUUGUUGGGUGCUGUACUCCAACUGCAGCCUCGAGCUGCCGCCAGUGGGGGUAAAGCCAGAGAAGAGAUAGUCGAAGAGAUUGUGACAGGAAUUGCGCAGAAGAUCCCCAGUUCCUUUGACAUCCAGGAAAUCAUUACCAGAUACCCAGUGAUGUAUGAGGAGUCUAUGAACACUGUACUGAUUCAGGAAGUAAUAAGAUAUAAUAAGUUGUUAGCAGUCAUCACACAGAGUCUCAGUGAUCUGGUGAAGGCUCUGAAAGGUUUGGUGGUGAUGUCAUCUGAGCUUGAGCUCAUGGCCAACAGUCUGUUCAUCAACGCAGUUCCAGAAAUGUGGCAGGCCAAGGCGUACCCUUCUCUAAAGCCGCUGGCCUCCUGGGUAUCGGACCUCCUGCAGCGCAUCGCUUUCUUGAGUAACUGGAUCUCCGGCGGGAUCCCGGCUGUCUUCUGGAUCAGCGGUUUCUUCUUCCCACAAGCCUUUUUGACGGGAACGCUGCAAAACUUUGCCCGGCGGUCCGUCCUCUCCAUCGACAGCAUCAGCUUCAGCUUUAAGAUAUUGAAGGAGCCAGCAGCAGAUUUGACUGAGCGGCCCGAGACGGGGUGUUAUAUCCACGGUUUGUUCCUAGAGGGGGCGCGCUGGGACACACACGCCGGCUUGCUGACCGAGUCUCGGCCCAAAGAGCUCUACACUGAGAUGGCCGUCAUCUGGAUGGUCCCUACGCCCAACCGCAAACCGCCACAAUCCGGCAUCUACAUCUGCCCCAUAUACAAAACGCUCACACGUGCAGGAACUCUAUCCACCACCGGUCACUCCACUAACUAUGUAAUCGCAGUAGAGCUUCCCACAGACCAAAGCCAGAAGCACUGGAUAAAGCAGGGGGUGGCGCUGAUAUGUGCACUGGAUUACUGAAAGCACUUUCAAGAUUCAAGAAUCAAAGGCUGCUUUAUUGGCAGGACAAAUAUAAACAUUUGUAUUGCCAAAGCUCGACUAAAGAAUUAUGAAACGGAACAAUGGAACAAUUAAUAACGGAAAUAAAGUCAUUAUAAAAUAAGAACAAUGUAGAGUUUCAGCCAGACAAAAUAAAUAGAAAAGUAGUUAAAAAAAAUCUAUAAAAUGUCAUACAAUAGCAAAUGAGUACACCCCUCAAAUUCCUGCAAUUAUUUUUGUUUA